AUGGAAACUCUGUCAGACACGAUUUGGGAUGUGGUCAUUGAUGGUACUGGGAUAUCUCAGUCCCUUCUGGCACUGGCCCUCUCACGAUCUGGAAAGAAGGUUCUUCACAUGGACUCAAACCAGUACUAUGGUGGUUCAGAUGCAGCCUUCAGUCUUGAUGAGGCCCAAGAGUGGGCAGAGAAUAUCAAUAAAGACACAAGUAAAUCACUGUUUAAAGAUGCCUCAAUUUUCAAACGUGAUGCUUCUUCUCUAGUCGACGGUGCAACCAUCUCUUCCAAACUUUCAUCAAGCCGUGCUUACACUCUGUCCCUGUCCCCUUACCUUUUAUAUGCUCGUUCUCAACUAAUGUCAGCGCUCGUAUCCUCAAAGGUAUUUCGCCAGUUGGAGUUCAUGGCUGUUGGUAGCUGGUGGAUUUAUGCACCCGAACAGCCAGAUUCUAAAACUGGCGAGCCUGGUGCGGAAAAGGUUCUCUACCGCGUACCUGGUAACCGGGAGGAUGUGUUCGCUGCAACUCAUAUCAGCAUGAAGUCCAAGAGAACCCUCAUGCGGUUAUUGCGUCAUAUCACCAAGCCCCAUGAGGAUAAUGCUUCAAAUGAAGAUGAGGAUAUGUCAAUUCCCUUGAAUGACUACCUGGCUUCCAAUUUCAGUGUCCCGGAGGAGCUUCACAAUCCUUUGUUGUCGCUAUCCCUGUCGCAGCUUUCUCAUCAAGAUACACCCGCCAGCUAUGCUUUGCCUAGGAUCCAAAGACAUCUAUCAUCCAUUGGCCAUCUUGGCCCUGGGUUUGGAGCUGUGAUUGCCAAGUAUGGUGGUGGGGCUGAAAUACUCCAAGCUGCAUGCCGAGCAUCUGCUGUGGGAGGAGGGGUAUAUGCUCUGGACACGCAGAUUGAUGAUUGCUUAUGGCGGAAAGGCUCUGAACAUUCCGAACAUCCGUUUCUGCUGAAUCUAGGCAAUGAAGGGUCUGUCCAGUCGAAAUAUUUGUUUACCUCAAAAAAACCGUCGAAUACUUCCGACGAAAGAUCGACACCUUUGGUCGAGGUUGCCCGCUCGAUCAGUGUCGUGUCCGCUACUUUCCCCUCUCUUUUCCCUGUCACAGUUGAAGGUGCUCCUGUACCUGCAACUGCCGUUCUCAUGUUCUCAGGGGAUACGUUGGGCAGCCCCAAAUCCCCGCCGGUCUAUCUCCAGGUUCAUUCUAGCGACACUGGCGAGUGUCCACACCAGCAGAGUGUUAUUUAUUGCAGUGUGGCACUAGCUGGGCCGGAAGGUCAAGCGCUUAUUGAAUCUGCCAUGGAUAGAUUAGUUCGGGCAGAAGGUCUCCCGGAUAGUGUGCUGUGGUCAUUGCGAUACACCCAAAGCGGCUGUCUUGGCAAUGAUGAGUUGCGGCAACUCACUGCCGAGGACGGUAUUCCUAACUACUGUGUUUUCCCUCCAUCGGGCCUUGACUUGGCGUUCGAAGAUGACACCCUCGACCUUGUAAAACAGGCUUGGAGGAAAGUCGUAGGAGAUGAAGUUGACGAUGCCGAUUUCAUGAUGUUUGACGAUCGCGAUGGCACUUCUGAUCAAUGA